AUGCCUCGCGCCUCCUCGGCUAAGCGACAGCAGGGAGCGGCGAACAAUCGCGACACUCGACACGAGAACGGGCUUGUAGGUCCAGGAAAGCGCAUCGUCAAGGAAAAGAGCAGGAAUGAGAUCAGAUCCGAUGGCAGCCCCCGGCCUCACCCCCAGUCCUCGUCCUCCGAACACGCCGCUCCCCUGCCGCUCCCCUCGCCUCUGCCUUCGACCUCGACCCCGUGUGCAAACGGGAACGGAAAUGGGAACGGCUACCUCCACGGCACCGACGACAUGUCCCUCGACACUGCACGCCGGCCCUCGGUAGCCGCCUACUCCGAGACCUCAUCCUCCGAGUCCGUGUCUCUGUCGACCUCCCAGGCUGCCGCAGAGGAUGCCCACCGCCGCAUCGACGUCAACGCUGCCAAGAACAACAAUGUCCACCGCGACACCGGCUUCGUCGACCUCGCCUUCACUGUCCUCCGAUCGUGCCCCCUGCAUGACACCAUCGCCAUCCUCAUCAUUCUCAUGCAGCUGUCCCCCGUCGCCCUGUCGAGCAUCUACAUGCUCUUCACCCUGCUGACCUUUGUCCCGCCCGUCACCACCAGCUCCGGCCUCAGCCUCACCGAGAUCUUCGACGGCCCUGGCGCCCCUAACUUAUGGACUCUCGUCGGGUUGGACCUGUUCUUCCUCAUCGUCUUUGCCUUCAUGCCUCUGCAGGAUCUGAUUCUGGAUUUUGCACAGGUGGUGAUUGCCAUGACAUUGGGCGGUGGCGCAAGCUCAAGAGCAGGCACCACACACAACAUCUUUCUUUGUGCGGGGAUCGUUCUGUUCAACCAUUUCGGGCACCACCAAGCAAUAAACAGCGAUGGGAAGGGGCCUUCAUAUGUUGAUACCUCCAAGCCUUUCUACGUCAAGGUGAACAAUGCUAUCUGGCAGCCGACGCGCAUCAUGCCGAUAGACGACGGGGAGGAGGAAGGCGUCCAAGGAACGAGAUGGACAGGCGACAUUUUCGGGCUGACACCCAUGUCUAACUAUGAGUGCGAGUUCGUGAGCACUCGAACCGGCAAGGCCAUCUUCUCGACCAGCCUAAGGACGAUUCCAGCCAAGAUCAAGGACAAUGAUGCAUUGAAAGCCCCGGCCCCUCGGUCUCAGUAUCGUCACCAGUCUCCUGCGACAACUCUGAGAACUUCGAUCGCCGGCCUGGAACAGAAGUUGAACGACGAAAAGGCCAGGCUCAAGUCUUUGAGGAGGGAUAAUAACCGGAAGACGAACGCGCUCAAGAAAGACAUUGACAGGCUGACUUCAGCAGUGCAAUCGGCUGGUGGCAAUGACGAGAAGUUGAGGCAGAAGAUCGCGCAGAACAUGACACAGCAGAAGCAGGCAGAGCAGGCAAUUGCAGAACUUCAGGAGCAAGUCAAGGAAUUGCAGUCUAUCCCGGAGGAGGUUCUGGCAGACUAUCGGAAGAAGCAGGGCCAGUACAACUCGGAGAAAGGGCAGUUCGACCAGGCCAAGGGCGCGUUCAAGAGCUUCAAGCACUCCGUCGAUCAGGACGCCAAGGCCCUGGACGACGAGCAGACGAGCCUCCAGGCCAAGCGGACCAAGAUCGCCGCUCGGCUCAACAAGGUUGACGGAGAGCACGCGCGCAUAACGGAUGCCAAUGCUCGUGGGCUCGACGAGGCCGACCGUCGUCGACAAGAGACUGCCGCUUUUGAGAGUGAAGCUGCCCGCAGAGAGAAGGAAUACGCUGAUCGUCUGUCAAUCGCGCGCGCCCACAAUGAGGACAAGACGCAAAACGCAGCCAACAUGGCCACCAUACUGGAGGGCAUACUCAACAGCUUCAACCAGGCCGAAUAUGCUGCCUUCUACGAGCGCCAAGAGGCCGCCGCCUACCACAAUGCAGCCUCCCAGUGGCCGCAGUACGCGCAAAAUCACACGUGGUCCCCGGCAACGUCUGCAGCACUUCCCAACUCCACGCUCGCCACGGCCCCGGCCCCGACCGCGCUGUUCUCCCACGGCACCUUCCCACAGUACCAGCACCCGUCGCAUGUGCCACUGCCUCGCAAGUCUAGGGGCCGCUCCUCGUCCAUGUUGAGCGACGUCUCUGGCUUCACGCAGUCCACGGACGACGAGAACGACGGCAGCAACGGCUCAAACAACAACAGCAGCGCUUACAUCAACGCGGCCACAAUGACGCGAGGCAGCAGCACCAUCAACGCCACCGCCGCGCCCUUCCUCCCGCCUGCCCACAGCCACUCUGCGAGCCAGAGCCCCUUCGGCCAAUACGCGUACCCGGCUGGUGACAUGCGGAGUCCUCCGGGGUUCCCGCCAAUCCCGCCGGGCGAUGCUGCCCGCAAGGUGUCUGGCUCCGGCUCCGGCUCAGGGUCUGGGUCCGUGCGGAGUGGUGAUGCGAGCAGCGAGGGAAGCAACAAGGACCCGACUAGCCCGUAUCCAAAAAGGCUUCCGUUGAGCGUCUAG